CAGCGCCGGCUGCUGAGCUGCGGCGACCGUGUUGGAGCGCCGAUGUCAAAUCCAGGUAGUGCUCCUUCUCGUUACCCAUCUCUUCCCUUCUCACUGGCUAGUCCACUCUUCAGAUCAACAUGCUCCAGCUCGUACUACUGUUUGCCCUCGCAGCCACGACUGCUGUGGCUCGCAUUGCCAAGACUCGAGCCCCCUCGAUGGCUCAAAUCUGCAAUAGAUCACCUAACGCGCAUUGCAUCUACACACCUCCUGGUGAAUCACUCGCCAAUGGAACGGCUCCCACGAUUCACAUGUUCUGGGGCCAGAUUUUCUACCAUGAGGUUGACGCAAUCAAUUCUUACACCUUCGUCAUAGGCGACGAUGCUCGAGGAAACAUCAAGAUCGCAUGUGCGAAGGGCGGCGAGAACGAAUUCGCCUUCUUCUUCAACAGCACGUACUCGUCGAUUGUGCACCAAGCGUCUUCGACCGGUCAGGCCACGAUGGGCUUCAAUGACGGAGGCGAUGCUCAUGCAGCUAGAGGCAGAAUGAUCGAUACUCACGCCAAGGCUGUCGACGCGACGAUUCACUGCCCCUUCUGUAAUGAUCCUUGAGUGCAAUCGGUGCUGCUGCAGAGGCGGUGACUCAAUACUUUCUUCCACUUUGCCAUUGCGGCAUCAUAACGGCGAUCGCCCUCUGCCCUGCUCUGACUUGCCGACGAUGUGAGCCUCGCUGAACAUUGCACCGCUUCAUCCACUGCUUUACACCCAGUACAUCGCAGAAUGCUCCUCAGCCUUAUUGCUCUGUUGGCCUACGCUUGCUUCA